AUGGUUAAAGAAAAUAUACAACAAUCUACGCCUCCACCAUUAGAUUACCUUCUAUUUUAUGUCAAUGGUAAACAGAUUAUCGAACAUCAUGUAGAACCUGAUUGGACUCUCUUAUGGUACCUUAGAAAUAAGUUGAAUUUGACAGGAUCAAAGCUAGGGUGUGGUGAGGGUGGGUGUGGCGCUUGUACAGUGAUGAUAUCCCAGUGCAUCGAUCGACAAUCUGGCUAUAUUGAACAUCGAACGGUGAAUGCUUGCCUUGCGCCGAUUUGCUCAGUGGACGGUUGUCAUGUGAUAACUGUCGAAGGUUUAGGCUCUGUUGCGAAGUCUAAUCUCCAUCCGGCGCAAUCACGAUUAGCUGAAAUGUAUGGUUCCCAAUGUGGAUUUUGCACCCCGGGUAUUGUUAUGUCGUUGUAUGGAACGGUGACUUCAUCGAAUCAUUCCCCAUCGUCAAUAACAAUGCACGAUAUUGAAGAAGCAUUUGAUGGAAAUCUUUGUCGUUGUACUGGCUAUCGACCUAUUCUCGAUGCUGCUAAGUCGUUUGCUAAAGAUAUUAACAAACUACCAUGUAAAGAUCCGUGUUCAUCAAAGCCCACAUCAACAACAUUGGAUAAAUGCCUUUCAUUCGUGAACAAACUUGACAAGGAACCAAAUCAGAUAGCAUUUCCUAAUGAACUGCGUCAACAUAUUCCACAAUCAAUUCAAAUAAAAGGUUCAUUAGUCGAAUGGUACCGUCCGGUAACUCUAAAUGAAUUACUUCAACUCCGUUCUAUGUAUCCGGGUGGUGCAUCGAAGCUCAUUUUUGGUAACACUGAAGUUCAAAUUGAGACGAAAUUUAAACGUUUAAAAUACCCACGUUUCAUUUCCGUAACACAUGUUGAUGAGCUUCAACAACUCAAACGUACAUCAACAAGUUUAAUUCUUGGCGCUGGUGUCACUCUUACACGUUUACAAGCUAAACUCUCCGAAUGGAAUGAUCAAAAACUAGACGGAGGCAUUUGUCAAUCUCUGAUCGAUCAACUGAAAUAUUUUGCUUCGACACAGAUUCGUAAUGUUGCUUCACUUGGUGGAAACAUUGUCAAUGCUUCACCUAUUUCGGAUGUCAAUCCAGUUCUUCAGGCUGCUGAUGCUGUUUUAGAAUUACAUCGCGGAGAGACAAAUUCUGUUCGACUUGUCCCUCUACGCGAAUUUUUCCUUAGUUAUCGUCGUGUAGCCAUGACAGAUGACGAAGUGCUUGUCAGUAUUCACAUUCCACUACCAUCGAUUUCACCGACGAAUAGAACAUUUCUUCGAUCAUACAAACAAGCACGUCGACGCGAUGACGAUAUCGGUAUCGUUAGUGCUGGUCUGCAAGUUCAACUCGAAGCAAUCGAUUCGUCUGAGAAACAACAAUGGCGCAUUGUUACUGCUCGAUUUUCAUUUGGUGGAAUGGGACCGACAACGAUCUUGGCGAAAAAUACACAGCAAGAGAUGGCUGGACAAAUAUGGUCAAGGGUAACAAUUAGUAAAGCGUGUGAAUUAGCAUUAAAAGAAAUGCCACUGAACGAGUUAACCCCGGGUGGUCAACCAGAAUAUCGACGUACUUUAGUUCAAUCGUUUCUAUACAAAUUUUAUGUUUAUGUUUGCACUGAAUUGAAUCAAUCCAGUGUCGAUCCGAAAGAAUUGUCAAUUGCUCAUCCUUACCAUCGGCCAGUUUCACAUGGUCAACAAAUCAUACCUGAACGACCUUCAUCGCAGAAAGUUGUUGGAACAUCAUUACCGCAUCGUUCUGCAUAUUUACAAACAACAGGUGAAGCGAAAUACAUUGACGAUAUGCCAUCAUUACCAAAUACACUCUAUGCUGCACUUGUUCUUGCUACACAGCCAAAUGCUCGAAUCAAGAAUAUUGAUUUGGGUGCAGCGUCGAAAGUGCCUGGCUUUGUAACGUUUGUUAACCAUAAGGAUAUUCAGGGUGAUAAUAUGACUGGUGACGUUGUUCAUGAUGAAGAAGUUUUCGUUUCCUCAAUCACGCCAUGUGUUGGUGCAGUGAUUGGUGUUGUCCUGUGCGAAACUGAACGUGCUGCACAUGCCGCCGCUCAUCUGGUUCAAAUCGAAUAUGAACUACUAACACCGACGAUCUUUACAAUCGAUGACGCGAUUGAACAUGCAUCUUAUCUAGGGGAAGAACGAUGCUUACGAAAAGGUGAUGUAGAAAAGGCUCUAGCUGAAGCUGAACAUACACUCGAAGGUACAAUAGUGAUGGGCGGUCAAGAGCAUUUCUAUCUGGAAACAAACUGUUGUAUGAUUAUACCUUCGAACGACGAUCAAGAAGUGACAAUCUAUUCGUCAACACAAAAUCCGAGUAAAACACAAGAAUUAGCAGCAUAUGCACUUGGUUACGAUGUCAGUCAUGUGACUUGCCAUGUUAAACGCAUGGGUGGUGGAUUUGGUGGCAAAGAAUCCCGAUCAAUUGCUCCAUGCAUUGCGGCAACAGUGGCUGCUGUCAAGGUCGGUUGUCCCGUUCGUAUGAAUAUUGAACGUGAUGUUGAUAUGAGUAUCACCGGUCAACGUCAUCCAUUUAAAAUAGCGUACAAAGUUGGCUUUACCAAAGAAGGUCGAUUUACAGCAUUGGAUAUUUCAUUAUGGAACAAUGCCGGCUGCUCAUUCGAUCUUUCGAUGGCAGUGUUAGAGCGUGGAAUGCUCCAUAUUGAUAAUUGUUAUCAAUUCAAUAAUAUUCGAGUCCGUGGACGUUUGUGUAAAACCCACUUACCAUCAAAUACAGCAUUUCGUGGUUUCGGCGGCCCACAAGGUUUAUUUGGUUGUGAAACAAUUGUCGAGCAUGUUGCUGCCUAUCUAAAACAUGAUCCAUUGACCAUUCGUCGAUUGAACAUGUACAACGAAGGUGACACAACACAUUUUGGUCAACCGUUAGAACGAUGGAAUAUUCCUCGACUAAUGGACGAACUGUUAGUAUCGAGCGAUUUUCAACAACGAAGAAAAGCUGUGGGAGAGUUCAAUCAAUCCAGCACUUAUAGAAAACGUGGUAUUACUAUUCUUCCAACGAAAUUUGGUAUUGCAUUUACGGCCAAAUUUCUCAAUCAGGCAGGUGCGCUCGUGCAUGUCUACAAAGAUGGAUCUGUCUUAGUCAGUCAUGGAGGUACGGAAAUGGGUCAAGGACUGCAUACCAAAAUGAUUUCCAUCGCGGCAGAAAUUCUCGGUUGUGAUGUUAGCCGAGUGCGUAUCAGUGAGACAGCGACUGAUAAAGUAGCUAAUACGAGUCCAACAGCAGCAUCAGCGUCAUCAGAUUUGAAUGGUAUGGCCAUACAGAUCGCAUGUGAACAGAUUCGUGGACGUUUGAAUGCACUGCUCGUUGGUGACGAUGUCAGUCUCUCAUGGGAAGAUCUUGUUAAAAAAGCGUAUUUUUCGCGUAUCGAUCUGUGUGCUCAUGGUUUCUAUGCUACACCUGAUCCAUUGGGAGCUGAUUUUCUGACGAAUACAGCUCAUUUUAAUUACUUUACACAAGGAGCAGCUGUCACAGAAGUUGAAUUAGAUACACUGACAGGUGACUGGCACAUUUUACGUGUUGACAUUCUAAUGGAUGUCGGUACAUCGCUCAAUCCUCAAAUUGAUAUUGGACAAAUUGAAGGUGCUUAUGUUCAAGGUGUUGGUCUGUUUACCAUGGAAGAGCUAAUAUGGGGUGAUCAUACUCAACACAAAUGGACAAAACCAGGUGCGUUAUUCACUCGUGGUCCUGGCACUUAUAAAAUUCCAUCAUUCAACGAUGUCCCAUUGGAUAUGAGAGUGGAAUUACUUUCUAAUGCGCCCAAUCCUCGUGCGGUUUAUUCAUCUAAAGCAAUCGGUGAGCCGCCAUUGUUUCUUGGUGCUGCAACGUUUUUCGCGCUGAAAAAUGCUUGUACAGCCUAUCGCGAACAACAAGGUUUUACCGGCUAUUUUCCAAUGAAUUCUCCAGCAACUGUCGAACGUCUUCGUAUGGCAUGCAGCGAUGAAUUCACUGAACGCGCAUGUGCUCAACAGCAUGAAACAUUUCAAGCAAGAGGCUCUUACUAA